CGGGGCCAUGGCCGGGGCCGGGAGCGCAGCGCGGAGGCUGUUCCAGCCCUGCAGCCCGCGGGGCAGCGCGGAGGAACCACAAAAGCAUCUGGCCCCUCUGGGAAAAGAGAGAGAAGCAGCUAAAGCCGAGGAGGAGCGACAAAGUGAGGAGCUGCUGAAACAGACGGCAGCCGAGAGGCAGAAGAUCGUCUGGGAGUGGCAGGAGCUGCGAGGGUGUCUGGAGGAGCAGGAACAGCGUCUGCUGGCCCGGCUGGAAGAGCUAGAGAGAGCCAUUGUCCAGAGAAGGGAUGAGGGCGUCUGCAGCCUGUCGUGGGAGAUUUCCCUGCUCAGCGAGAGGGGAGGAGAGAAGGGGCAGCAGCCGCUGAGCCAACCCCUGCAGGGUGUUGGGAGCACUGGGGGCAGCAGGGAGGACAGGACAUUUCGGAAGCUAGAGCCGUCGUUUGCGGAGCUGGAGAAGAGACUCAGCGAUUUUUCUCUGAAAAGUGCCAUGCUGCAGGAGGUGGUGCUGAGAUUCAAAGAGACGCUGCGACGGGGGCUGGGGAGCGACACAGCCAUCCCGAUGAUAAUUAAUUUCUGGGAAACAUCCUCAGCAGAAUUAUUUGAAGGUGUUGUACCAGACAGUAAAGGCACAGAGGCAGUGGCUUGUGGGAAAGAGGGCGGCAGAGUAACGCCCACCUUUGGCUCCAGAUUGUCCCAGCUUCCCACGGGACAGGGAAGGGAACUGGCUGUAGUGGAGCAAGUCCAGGGGCCGGUGACCUUCGAGGAGGUGGCUGUGUAUUUCACCAGGGAAGAGUGGGCUCUGCUGGACCCCCGUCAAAGAGCCCUCUGCAGAGACGUCAUGCAGGAGAACUAUGAGAAUGUGACCUCGCUGGCAGGUGAUGCAAUGGCAUGUGAGAAAGAGGAGCAGAAUUCUCAGCAGGAAAAUGUUGAGCCAGUGGAUAAACAAAGAGAAUUAUCGCAAAGCUCGAAAAGGAAUGUGUCCAGGAGUCAUGAGCAGGGAAAAUGCUGUGAGAUUCAGCACAGACCAGAAAGAGAGCAAGGAAACCAGCCAGAGGAGAAAAGGGGUAAUUUUAUUUCCUGUCGGGGAACUCGGAAGAGCAUCAAGGAAACCACAACACAGCAGGAAAUCCUCAUGGGAAAGAGGAAAAAUACAUGCACUGAGUGUGGGAAAACCUUCGCUUGCAGCUCAGCCCUUUCUAAACAUCAGAGAAUCCACACAGGGGAGAGGCCCUAUGAAUGCCAUGAGUGUGGGAAAAGCUUCACUAGCAGCUCAAACCUUUCUCAACAUCAGAGAAUCCACACCGGGGAGAGGCCCUAUGUAUGCAGUGCUUGUGGGAAAAGCUUCAAUUGCAAUUCAAGCCUUAUUACCCAUCUCAGAAUCCACACAGGGGAGACGCCCUAUGAAUGCAGUGAGUGUGGGAAAAGCUUCACUCACAGCUUUCACCUUACCAGACAUCAGAGAAUCCACACAGGGGAGAAGCCCUAUGAAUGCCGUGAGUGUGAGAAAAGCUUCACUAGCAGCUCAAACCUUUCUCAACAUCAGAGAAUCCACACAGGGGAGAGGCCCUUUGAAUGUUGUGAGUGUGGGAAAAGCUUCACUCACAACUCUCACCUUACUAGGCAUCAGAGAAUCCACACAGGAGAGAGGCCCUAUGUAUGCAAUGAGUGUGGGAAAACCUUCACUCUCAGCUCACAUCUUCUUACCCAUCUCAGAAUCCACACAGGGGAGAGGCCGUAUGUAUGCAGUGAGUGUGGGAAAAACUUCCUUCACUGCCAGCAGCUUAAUAGACAUCAGAGAAUCCACACAGGAGAGCGGCCCUAUGUAUGCAGUGAGUGUGGGAAAACCUUCAAUCACAGCUCAAACCUUCUUACCCAUCUCAGAAUCCACACAGGGGAGAGGCCCUAUAAAUGCAGUGAUUGUGGGAAAAAAUUCCUUCACCGCCAGCAGCUUAUUAGCCAUCAGAGAAUCCACACAGGUAUGAGACCCAAUGGAAGCAGUGAGUGUGGGAAAACCUUGUCUUGCCACUGAGCCCAUGUGAGCCCUCAGAGUAUCUGCAAGGGGGAUCAACACCAUAAAACCCUCUAGGGCUAUCAAUACUUUAAUACUUUCCUGAUUUCCACAUAGUAACUUGUAAAAGCUGUUUGAAGCACCGAUAUCCCUCAGCUUGUCCGGAUGAGUGAGUGGCCCAUUUUUGCAUUUUGCAGUUUGACUUCUUUGAGGUGGAUUCAUUUGUCCUUGCUAUCAACUCCAUUCUCCCAUGAGUAAUUCUAGUGUGCCCUUCCUAUCAGGAACCAGAGAGUAUCACAUUUAUACCAUUCCUCCUAUUGCAAAGUUCUUGUUAGAGUCACCAGUGAUACAGAUUGUAUCAUUGCCAAUUGUUCUCAUGUUGUGCUGAAGAGCAGCUAUAAUGGGAACUUUUCAUAUUAGAUUUAAAUGAAGAGGAGCAGGGGCAGGAAAAAAGUGUCAUUUCAGCCUCUGUGGUACUGGAAGGAGAUGUAAAAAGCGACAGAGUCCUGUGGCAGCUUACAGACUAAAAUACAUAUUGGAGCAUAAGCAGUAUACAAAAACUUGUAGAAGAACACUUCAAUCUCCCUGGACGCACAAGAGCAGACUUAAAAGUAGCCAUCCUGCAGCAAAAAUACUUCAGGGCCAGACUUCAACGAGAAACUGCUGAGCUUCAGUUCAUUUGGAAAUUUGACACUACCAGCUCAGGAUUAAACAGACUGUGAAUGGCUAGCCAGCUACAGAAGCAGUUUCUCCUCCGUUGCUGUUCACACCUCAGCUGCUAGAAGAGGGCCCCAUCCUCCCUGAUUUAACUAACCUUGUUAUCUCUAGCCUGAUUCUUGCUUGCAUAUUUAUACCCGCCUCUGGAAAUUUCCACUACUUGCAUCUGACAAAGUGGGAUUCACCCACGAAAGAUUAUGCACCAAUAUGACUGUUAGUCUACAAGGUGCUACAGGACUCUUUGUCACGUUUUACAGAUCCAAACUAACACAGCUACCCCUCUGAUACUUGGAAGGAGAUGGGGUGACUCAGAGAUUCCCUCCCUCCCCAUCAUGGCAGAACUGUUACAUUUUGUCUGAGCCAGGCAGAGUUUAUCGUCAUCACAUUCUACCCCUCCACUUCUCAAAGUAUCAUGUGAUGAAGUGUUCUCAGUUGUCUGUGCUUUGACUUAUUUAAUCCUAUACCGGAGUUGCUAUGACUGGAGAUGAAAGUAUCAAAGACCAAGAAGGGGAAUUCAAAUGGAUCCUAAAUGCCGUGUGAUCAUUUCGAGUUUAAAUCUCAGGUUCCAUCUAUUGGUCAAGCCAAUUCUGGCAAGGUGGCUGCUUUUUCCUCAUUAUGGGAAUGCUAGGAUAACAUAACUGACUAUUGAGACAGUGCUCAAUGAAAUCUGUUUGAAUGGAUCAGAGGAGAAUGUGAUGGGAGAAUCUCUUGUCCUGAUUCUAAAUAAUUAGAUGUAACCUGCUCUGGAAUUUCAAUUUACACUUUUAAUUGUCAUGUAUUCUCUCUCUCUCUGUGAUCUGGAUUUCUAUCUUUCUUGAUGGCUAUGUGGUCACACAAUUAGAUAUUAGUUCAGCUCAGAUUUAUUGGAGAAUUUAAGACAAAUGACCAUUUGCUGAAGUCAUCAUUUCUCACUUCAGCUUUGCUUUUUCCCCAUCCUUCCAUGAUGAUAUGGAGAAAGUUCAAGGGCAGUUCUGUCAAUAGGAGAGAACUUUCCAAUUUACUGGCCAUGCUAACAAAGACACAGCAGUGAGUUAAAGUCUCCACUUGGAAAUAGUGAACAACAGCAGACCCCGACUAACUGAAGGAAGUGCAUAUGACCACAGUGUAGUUCAAUUGUUUAAAUCAAUAUUGUCUCAGAUGGCUAUGUUGGCAGACGAAGGCCUCCUGCUGAUGUAGCACUAUCUACACUGGGGAUUAGAGAUGUGUAACUACGUUGCUAAGCUGUGUUGAUUUUUCACACCCCUGAGCAAUAAUUAUACCGAUAAAUGUCUUUAGUGUAGACCAGACAGUUUUCUCUUGUGUUUUCUGCAUUUGUAUCACUUCUCCCCCUACUUUCUACUACUUUGAAAGAUUUAAAGGGUGAAAAGAGAGGUAUUUUUCCUCAUGAUGCUAACAUUCCCACAUAGGAGACCCCUUCCACCAACACGCAUGGCAGAAGAACCGGAGAGAUAUGAACUCACAGAGGCGUUGGGACAAGCCACAACUUGAGCUAAGGUUCGGUUGUUGGCAAUGGGGAUUAAAAGAUAACUAACAUAUGUGACCAGAAUUUGUGAUCUUUGAAUAUAUUAGUGUUACUAGUGAAAAUGAAAUAAUAGGUGAUGUUAUUGGUUAAAGAGUAAGAGACUAAUUGUUUGAUCUGAAUUAUUUUGAAAAACUGAAAGUUGUCUUGUUUUUUUUCUUUUUUUAGUUGUACGGGAAAUGAUGGUUAAUCUUGAAAAGUUAAUUUGAUUUAAUUUACCCCCUGUAGUGUAAGGAGUUCUGGUAGAAAACCUCACUCCAAAGGUUGCGGUGGGAGAAUAGGUGUUAGAAAGAGUGUAGAAGAGAAUAUUGGGUCAGUACAGAUUUUAUUGUUUUGUAUUUCAAAUAGACCAUAUUUUGCUUAGCUUCAAAGUCAAUUUCUAUUAGGAGGAAAAUUGCUCAAGGAGACAAGUUGUAUAAGUUUUUACUCACUUACACUGUAAGCAUCACUGACUUUCCCACUUCUCUAAUUUGCAAAGGAAAAGCCUGACAUCUGUCAUAGGAUGUGUCCAGCAGGUAGGAAAGCUGCAGUUGUCAACCAUCAAUAGCAAGGAAAAGGCAGAAGUCCAUUGCCUUUCAUAUCUAAAAGCCAUCUAGAGGCUAGUUACACUAAAGAGCUAUGUUGACAUGGCCAUAUCUCUCAGGGGCGUGAAAAAUCCACUCCACUGAGAGAAGUAGUUAAUGUGACCUAAGCCCCAGUGUAAACAGGGUUAUGUUGUCAGAAGAAUAUUUCCAGUGUUUGAAGGGUAGACAUAGCCUUAGACAGACUGAUCCCCUCUGGGAAGCGAGUCAUGACAUCAAUUCCAGUUUUGACCCAUCUCCCUAUAUAUGAGAAAGCUGCUAGUAUGGAGGGCUGAGCCAGCUGUCCGUUCACCUGGUUCAGCUGAGGGAAAAGCUCUAAUUACCCGUAGUCCAAAAACAGAGAGAAAUGUUGAGUUCCAACCAUUGUCAUUUUAGUAUUUUAUUGUUCCUUUCUCUAUUUUUUGUAUUGGCCUUUCUGUUCUAUCAGAGUGUGACUGUAUAGCUCAGUGCAUGUGUGAUAAAUGCUCUUUGGUGCCAUUUGGCAGAGAGGUCAAAGUAAUUCACAAAAAACUCCUGCCUCAGACCUGACAGACUCACACCUAAUGUUCUGAUUUUUAUGAUAUUUAUCCAGGAAGCAUAGCAGUGAGAUCUCUACUGAAAGCUUGUAGAUUGUUACCCCUGAUCACUGCAAGAGGUGUGUAUGAGUCCUAUUGAAGGAGUCAUG